GCUCAUGCCCAGCAAGAUCCUGGGGAGUGCACUCACAGCAGCGGCAAUGAACAGUCAGGUACACGCUGCGGCUCUUCUUCACAAGAUCUCUACGAGUCGUAAGACCAAUGCAUCCUAUCUUUGGCAAACGAUUGCCGCAUGCAUGGAAGAGGGUCACUCCAUGUUCGUGCCUAAACUUCUCAACUGGUUGUGUGAUGUGAUGCUACAGUUCCGGACGAGCACAAGAAGCGCGAGCUUCAGAAAUGUGCCAUCUUGACGGGUAAAGUUCCUAUGCUCCAGAAGCUCAACGCUCUCUGGAAGGUCUCAUGCAACAGUGGGUUCUACAGUCCAGAACUCUGGCAAGCAUGCGAAUUCGAGACGACUGAAGUAAUUGUGCGUUUCACGGAGGGUGCUGUUCUUCAGGAGCAUCAAGGUGCCGCGAGCCGCAAGUGCAGUAUCAAACGCUUGACCCAAGGACUACGAGUGACAGCUGAGCACGGCUGGCUUGUCACUGCGAGGUUCUUGGUUACCGCAGGCGCCGAUUUGAACGACCAGAACAAUGAACACAGUAACCACGUAGGCACACCCCUGGACGUAGCAGUCUAUCACGGGCACGUGCAUGUGGUUAAGCAUUUGCUCGACAAUGGAGCGCGUAUCCACAACAACGAAGAGAGCGCAUUUGGCACAAGUACAGCGGCACUAGCCAGCGAGCAGGGCGGUGAAAUGGCAACGCUGAUUGGUAAGGCCCCGGGGAAGCAGUGGAGGAGCACCACUCAAGAACGAACGAAGACACAGAUCACGAGGGUUUACGACGACAUUACAGCGGUCACCGAUAACAUGCGGGACAUGUACUUGCGCGGAUGAUAGCCAGGAUGAUUUCCAUACAGCAAACUUGAAUAUAUACUGCACGUUGAGAUAAGGUAGCGACCAACAGGUCUUGGUCCCAAUGCUAAGUGUUCAAUCCCCACGCGUCUGUGCCGAGUUUCCGUUCAUCCUUAUAGUCUUCUUUGUACCGUGGAGGCAUUCGCAAAGCUAUUGCGAUGGCAUGGAAUUCAACUAGCCUUCAGAUCGUCCGGCUCAACGCAUAGAGCAGAGCGUUGUUCCCUUGGACCGAAGUACUGGUGUGAAGCAGGUUGGGGGAACCGA